AUGUUCCAGAUGUUCAUCGAAACUGCUACUGUGUACCAAGUUAUCAUCCAGGUAUGGGAGGCAAAUGGUGUCCCUCAGACCAGCCAAACAGUGUUCCAUGCUCUGUUGGAAGUCAGCGGGCGCAGAGCUCAACCCAAAUGGGAUGCGAGGACAAGCACACCUUCCACAGUAUGUGUUUUAUUGUAUGUUUUCCUCAGCGUAUUGUCUGCUGUCACAAUAUGUGGAAACCUUCUUGUAAUAAUCUCCAUCAUUUACUUCAAACAGCUCCACACUCCUACAAACUCUCUCAUCCUUUCCUUGGCAGUAGCUGACCUGCUUGUUGGGCUUGUAGUUUUUCCUUUCAACAUGGAAUUGUCUGUAACUUCAUGUCUGUUCUUUGAAGAUGUGUUGUGCAAAGUACGAGACAGCAUUGAUGGAACACUGAGUACAGCUUCCGUUUUGAAUUUGUGUUGUAUUUCUAUUGACAGAUAUUAUGCAGUGUGUCACCCUCUGACUUAUAGAACGAAGAUAAAUUUUCAUGUUGUUGUCAUCAUGAUCGUGGUGAGCUGGAGUUUUUCACUUCUACUUGUCUUUGGCUUUUUAAUUGAAGGAAUAAAUCUUGAAAAAUGCAAACAAAAUUGUUUUAUUGAUGCUCUGCUUGCAAACAUUUUAGGACCCAUUUUCUCAUUUUACCUCCCAGUGAUUUCAAUGCUCUGUAUGUACCUGAAGAUUUUCCUUGUUGCACAGAGACAGGUACGCAGCAUCCAGGGAACAAAGUCUGGAGCCACUGCCAGUAAGAUGGAGAGAAAAGCCACGACAACUCUGGCAAUUGUUAUGGGAGUGUUUCUGAUGUGCUGGUGUCCUUUAGUUCUCUAUUUUUUCUUUAUGGUAUUGAAUCCUGUGUCAUUUGCUGUGAUUGAAAGUCUCAACUGGCUUGCACUCUCAAACUCAAUGCUGAACCCAUUUAUUUAUGCUUUCUUUUACAGCUGGUUCAGAUCAGCUUUCAGAUUGAUCAUAUCUGGAAAAAUAUUUCAAGGCAGCAGAGAAGCCAUACACCGACCCCAGCUGGAGAAGCAGCACCAGCCCCUCGUCCUGCAGCACCACCAGGUGACCUCCACCCUGAGGAGGAUCAACACCCACAGAGCAACAGGACCGGAUAAGGUGUCAGAAGGUGUCUUCCAGAAACUGGCAGUAGGACUGGGAGUUGAGUUUCACUCCAUCGUCAACCCGAAAAGGUCCCACAAGCUCAUCUUUAAUGAUACCAGCCCAUACCAGUACCCCACCUCCACCUUGCUGGCGUCUGAGUCGGAGUGGAGUUCUCUGCCCUUUACUGAUCCAGCCACGGGCCCAUCCAUCUGGCCCAUCAAGACUCACUCUCAUUUCAUCAGACCAUAA